AUGUCGCUACGAACAUCCCUCUCCCGCUUCCGGGACGCAAUCCCCGUCGGUCCAAAGCCCAAGAUCAUCCAACCGCGACCACCGGGUGUCCUAGCCACAAUGCCAAAGUCAUUAGACCAACUGCUCGCCCAGCUGGGCACCAAAAAGGCCGUAAAAGAGAAGCCCAUCAAUAGAAAUCCUCUAAAACCUCCCCCGAAAAGAAUCAAAGUCUACAAACCCCCCUGCCCCGCCCCUCCAAACAGCGUCCUAUCCAACUUCACAACCACCCAACUAAAACUCCUCGACCCGAAGGGUCUCCGUCAACGUCUAUUCUCCCGUAACAAUAAGGACUCCAUCCUCCCCGGCGAUAUCCUCCAAAUCAGGUUUAAAGAUAAAAACACAGAACCCUUUGCUGGUGUAUUAAUAAACAUCCGAAGAAGAGGACUAGAUACUGCUAUCCUGUUAAGAAACCAUCUGACAAGAAUCGGUGUCGAGAUGUGGUAUAAACUCUAUUCGCCGAAGAUUGCUGGUAUUGAUUUGGUAGAGAGGAAGGAGAGGAGGGCUAGACGUGCUAAAUUGUAUUACAUGCGUAUGCCUAGGCAUGAUAAGGGUAGCGUUGAGGGCGUGGUUACCAGAUGGAAGAAGAACAGAAUGUUGUUUGGUGGUGAUUUGGAUGGUGAUAGCGGGAAGAAGAAGGGGAAGAAGGUGGCGAAGAAAUAG